AUGGCUCCGCUGAGCAAAACCGUUCAAGCCGAAACCACCGACCGAAAGGCGCACCUGUUCACCACCGAGAUAUCCCAAAUGAUGUACGUCUUCGGCGAGGUGAUCGAGCCACUCGCCUCAACCGCGAACCUCGUCGAAGACAUCGUCCGGAGCCAAGUCGUCGAGAUCAUCCUGCAGGCCCGCGAGACGGCCACCCGCCGCCGCGCGAAGCACGUCGCCGCCGAAGACCUCCUCUUCGUCGUCCGCCACGACCGCGCGAAGGCCGACCGGCUCCGGACGUACCUCUCCUGGAAGGAGGUGCGCAAGCACGCGCGCGCCGCCGCCGACGCGACCGCGGGCGCGGGUGGCGCCGUCGACGCCGACGCCGACGCCUUCGAAGAGGAGGACACGGCCGAGGACCUGCCCCCGAAGCCGCAGAAGCUCACAGUCAGGCUCCCCUGGGAGCUCUCGACGGUGUACACCGCCGGGCUCCCCCAGCUCGACGACCCCUCCGACUCCGGCGACGACGACGACGCCAUCGCGUACGCGGCGUCGCAGGCGCUCCUCAAGGACGCGGACGCGCGGACGCGAGCCAUGACCGGCGCGCACUACGCGUACUUCGCGCGGUGCCGCCGCGCGUCGUUCACCUCCUUGCACGUGAAGCGCUUCCGCGAGUUCCUGGGGCUCCCCCCUGGGCUCGCGCUCCGCCCGGGCGACACCGUCGACGUCGCGAGCUUCCUCGCGUUCGAGACCGUCGGUGCACUCACGCGCGCGGCGCUCGCCGUCAAGGCCGCGUACGAAGAGGCCGGGAUCGAGCUCCCGCCCGCCGCUGAAGACUCGAACCCGCCCGCCGCAUCGAAGCUGAAGAGGAAGCGCGGGGACGAGAAAGACGUGGGGAAGAACGGGAAGAGGAAGAGGCAGAGGCGGGGGAGGGAGAGGACGGGGUGCAGCCUCUUCGUGCCUCCGCCAGGGCCUGCGACCGCGCUGCGCCCGGAGCACGUGCGGGAGGCGUUCACGCGUCUGCGGAUGGAGGCGGAGCGGAAGCGUGCGACGGGCAUGGGCAACUUUCGCGGUGGCCUCAGGAGGACGGCGACGACCGUGAUCUGA